AUGUGUGAGCGCAGUCUCUACAGAGCGGGCUAUGUGGGUUCGCUUCUGAAUCUGCAGUCGCCAGACUCCUUCUACUUCUCCAACCUGCGGCCCAAUGGCGGCCAGUUGGCAGCGCUUCCCCCCAUCUCCUACCCGCGCGGCGCACUGCCCUGGACCCCCGCGCCCGCCUCCUGCGCCCCCACGCAGCCCGCCAGCGCCACGGCCUUCGGCGGCUUCUCACAGCCUUACUUGACCGGCUCCGGGCCCCUGAGCCUCCAGCCCCUGGGCGCCAAGGACGGACCGGAAGAGCAGGCCAAGUACUAUAUGCCUGAUGCGGCCACUGGGCCUGAGGACCGAGGCCGGGGGCGGCCGCCCGUCAUCCCGGAGUCUAGUCUGACCUCCGGGGUCGCUGCCCUCAAAGCGGCAAAGUACGACUACGCGUGUGUGGGCCGCACAGCGGCAGGCUCUGCGGCCUUGCUAGAGGGGAGCCCCUGCGACGCCUCCAGUUUCAAGGAUGACGCCAAGGGUCCGCUCAACUUGAACAUGACAGUGCAGGCGGCCGGCGUCGCCUCUUGCCUGAGACCUUCGCUGUCCGACGGCCUGCUGUGGGGGGCGGCCCCGGGGAGGGCCCGCAAGAAGCGGAAGCCCUACACCAAGCAGCAGAUCGCCGAGCUGGAGAAUGAAUUCCUCCUCAACGAGUUCAUCAACCGGCAGAAGCGCAAAGAGUUGUCCAACAGGCUGAACCUCAGUGACCAGCAGGUCAAAAUCUGGUUCCAAAAUCGGCGGAUGAAGAAGAAGCGCGUGGUGCUGCGCGAGCAGGCGCUGGCGCUCUACUAG